AAAACAACUAAACCCCCUCAACCAUCCCCUUUUAAAGAAGCUCUCCAAAGCAUCUAGUCACGGCCGCGUCUGUUUACCGCCAGUUUGCAUAUCUCACGCGCACACAUAACUUUGUUCCCCCUUAAUGUUAUGAAUCCAGAAUGAACAGCACAGAAGACAGUGGUAGCAAGUGCUCGCCGGCCCCGAUCUCCAGUUUCACCAUACAGUCCAUUCUGGGCACCACGUCCGACACCAAGGAGAAUUCCACAGGAGGUGUGCAGCGGAGACGCGCGCUGUCCGUGUCCUCGGAGGAGUGCAGCGGAGGAGAAGAGUCUGCGCAUUGUUUCUGCUCCGAACCCGGGCACAACGAACCAUGCAACCAGCACCAAUCACUCAACUUUUCUACGAUAAACACCUCAAAAGGAAUUACACCGGGGCAAGACGGGAUAGACCGACGGCAACACUUAACACAGCCUCUAAUUCAGGAUUACAAAGACGAACAAGAAAGAUCAUGCAGCCAAAUGUCACCCAUUUCUGAUGAGAGGCAAAGAGAUGGCGCUGACAAGCAGAGCAACUCGGCAAAGAAGAAGACUCGCACCGUGUUCUCGCGGAGUCAAGUGUACCAGCUGGAGUCCACGUUCGACAUGAAAAGGUACUUGAGCAGCUCCGAACGGGCCUGCCUCGCUUCCAGUCUGCAGCUAACAGAGACUCAGGUGAAGACGUGGUUUCAAAACCGAAGGAACAAGUGGAAACGGCAGCUCUCAGCAGAACUGGAAGCGGCUAACAUGGCACACGCCUCUGCACAGACUCUCGUUGGGAUGCCGCUUGUUUUUAGAGAAAAUUCCUUGUUACGGGUACCAGUUCCAAGGUCUAUUGCCUUCCCAACGCCUCUGUACUACCCUGGCAGCAACCUACCAGCGCUACCCUUGUACAAUCUCUACAACAAGAUUGAAUACUGA